AAUGGUGACGUUUACCAUAUCAUGAUGGCGGUAGCCUGGACUAUUUUGAAUUCCGUCCCGCUUUUUGAUUUUAACACUACGUCUAGUCCGUGAAAUGUCUUUUUAUUCCUGAGAAAGGAAAAAUAACUCAACUGCUAUCAUGGAUUCCGUCGUGGGGGACGAUUUGACGCUCCCAGUUGACAUCAACGGAAGCUGCAGACUGCCAGACUCCAUAGAUGCUGGAGAAUAUUCUUCAGACACCAUGACAGCUCCAUCCUUCCCUGAGAAGAUGUCCCCAAUCAAAGCUCUAACCAUGAAGGACUAUGAAAACCAAAUCACAGCUCUGAAGAAAGAGAACUUCAACCUGAAGCUGCGCAUUUACUUCAUGGAGGAGCGUAUGCAGCAGAAAUGUGACGACUCCACUGAGGACAUAUUCAAAACGAACAUUGAGCUGAAGGUGGAGUUGGAGUCUAUGAAGAGAGAUCUGGCAGAGAAACAGGAGCUACUUGUGUCUGCAUCGAAAGCGUUGGAGAGUCUGGCUGGCCGAGAGUCCGGAGAACCUCAGCGUUUCAGAGAGCAAGCUCAGAGAGAGAUGGAUGCACUUCGGGAUGCAUUCAACAAGAGGAUAGCUCACCUAGAGCAGUGUCUGCGAACGGCAGAGGAAGAGGUUGAGAAUAUGGCAGCCAUCGCAGAGCAGGAGAAGCUUAAGAAUAUUAAUAUGGAGAAGCAGCUCCAAGCUCUGGGUCCACCGAGCACCUUCACUCCUGUCCCCAGCCCAGUCCAAGACCUGCAGCUGGCCCUGCAGGAGAAAGACAAUAUCAUCGAGCAGCUCAAGAUCACUUUAAAGAACCAGGAAGCCGUGAUCCAUCAGAAGAAAAGGGCAGACAUGGUGACAGACGCACCAUCAGCUGACUGUGUUAAACAGCUGUCUGAUCUCAUCGCCAAGAAAGAUCAGGAACUUGAGGCACUGAGGGACGAGCUACAUAGAGGGAAGGACCAAACAACACCGGACCAUCAGGAGAGUGAGGUUAGCCGAUUGGAGUCCUGCAAUAAACUGCUGACCGAAGAGCUCACCCAAGCAAGAAGCAUCACAGAGAACCUGACUAAAACACUGGAGGAUAUCCAGAAUCAAAACAAGAAUCUGUUAGGGAAAUUGGAGGAGAAGGAGAAUGAACUGAACUCUGAGAAGAAAAAUGCCUUGAAGCGAGACAAAACAAUCCAGGGGCUUACUCAGGUCCUCGGGGAAAAGGAGAAAGAGAUUGCAGAACUGUGUCAUGAGAUUGAGGACAGGGAUGACGCUUUGGCCAAGGCUAGAGAGGCAGCACAUAAAGCCCAACUGCAGAAAUACCAGGGAGUAGAGGAGCACCAAAAUCUAUUAAUGGAAAAGCAGACAGAGCUGGCCCAACUACAGGGUGAACACCAUGCCAAGGUGCUUGAAGCCCAAAAGCUACAGCGUGCCCUUGACAGGAAGGAGCAAGAGCUGGCUGACUUGCAGCAGGCAAAGGACCAGCUAGAGGUGGAGUUGGAGGACCUGCAACAGCAGAAGAAGAAGGGAGACAAAGCCCUGAAUGAUCUGAACAAUCAGCUCAAAAAGCUGAGUGGUGAGAUCGGGGACAGGGAGAGUGCUCUGGAGCAGCAGUACCAGGAAAUGCUGGAUCAAACCAAAAGAAAACUGCAGACCCAUGAGGUCACCAUCCAGCGGCUCACAUCCACUCUGGCUGAUAAAGAGCAGCAGCUACAGGAGUACAUAAACAUGGUCAGAGACUUUGAGCAAAGCAAAAGCCCAGGAGGAAACGAUAAUGUGCUUUCCAAGCUGCGGCAAAGGCUGAAAGAAAAGGAGAGGGCUCUGGAGCAAGCGCUGGAUGAGAAGUUUGCUGCCAUUGAGGAGAAAGACAAUGAGAUACACCAGCUGCAACUGUCUCUUAGGGAGAAGGAAAGAGACCUGGAUAGGCUCAAUAACUUGCUCUCUCACAACGAGGAAACCAUCAAUAGUUUUGACAGUAUGAUCAAGGAGAAGGAUGUGGACCUGCAGCAUCUUGCAAACACACUGAAGAACCUGCAGAGAGCCAAGCAAGAUGUAGAAGAUAACUUGAACAGAUCUCUGAGGGAGAAGGACUCCAUCAUCAGCCAGCUACAACUCUCCCUGGAGGGCAAGACAAAGGAUAUGGAUGAAAUGGCCAAAUCCAUGAUGAGCCAGUCGCAGACACAUGCACAUGACCUCGCUGAACAGAUGGGCCAGAGGUUAAAGGUCACAGAGGCUAUGUUGGCUGAUGCCCUGAAGGCCAGGGAAAGGCUGGUUGCUGACAAUGAGAGUGCUGUGGAAGGACUGUUGGCUACAAUCAGCAGCAAGGACCAGCUCCUCAAGGAGUCUGCAGAGCACUACAAACGCAUGCUGUCUGAGCGCACUCAAGAGAUUCAGGAACUGAGGAAGCAGCUGUCAGAUGGGCAGCAGCAGCUUGCCGCUGCUGAGAGGCAGAGCUCCACAACGGCCCAGGAGGGUUAUUUAGAGACUGCAGAGCUCAAAGCCCUGCUUGCUGAAAAGGAGAGCCUCAUCAACAAGCUUCUGCAGCAUGGUCAGGAGAGGGACCAGUUUCUGGCAGAGAUGAGGCUGAAGGAGGAGCCGGACCAUGUGUUGGAGCUCAGACAAACUAUCAAGAUUAUGCAGGAGAAGUUGGAAGAGACGGAAGCUGAGCUGUCCAGGAGGAACAGUGAGGAUAAUGUGGAGAACAUUCCUCUCUCCAAGAAGACGGUCAUCAUCCUGAAGAAGGAGCUAGCACAGAAAACUGAGGCACUGAACAAAGCACUGAAGAGGGAGAAUGAACUGAAGAUUUCUUUGGCAGAGCUUCAGUCAUUGCUAUCUGAGCUGGAGGGUCGCAAUGAAGGUCAGGCUGCUAAUAUUGACUCCCUGACUGCCACUCUGACGACCAAGGAUGAGAUUAUCAAUGUUCUCCACCAGCGCCUCGGUCAGAGAGGGGACAGUUGGUCUGAUCAUACCCAGGAUCAGGUCAUUGGCUCUGGCAUGGAGAGAUCACUCCCCGGGCUCCCCCAGAGAGAGAGAACCAUGAUUGGUGGAGACAGCCAGCACGAAGCUUUGCCCAACCUUGUAGCCUUGCAACAGGAGCACGAUGCUCUAAACAAAGCCCUGAGAGCCGAACAGCAGCUUUACUCCAGCCUGGUCAGGACCGUAAAGGAGCAGGACAGUGCCCAGCGUCUCCAUGCUCUGCAGCUGGAGCUGACAGCAGUGCAGCUCCUCAGGCAGCAGCUAGAGGACAGCAUCAAAACUAAUGAGGAGCUAAGGGAAGACUUGGAGAGAGAGAUACAGAGAGCCAAACUCAGAGAAGGUAUGGACCUGAUUGAUCCUAAAGAACUGGAGAGCAUGAGACAUCAGCUCGAAGAUGCACAACGCUGGAAUGCCUCUCUGCAGGCUCGCUUAGGAGCCAUACAGAACCGUGGAGGAGGGGUUGGUGGGGCCAAUGAUGGUGGUGACACUUUGAGUUUCAUUGGAGAUCAGACUUCCUACAUGAGUAUCUGUGUAGGAGAGGGGCAGGAUGACAGCUUGUCUCUACUCUCCUCACAGGAGCUCAGGCACAAGGUGGUAGAGCUACAGGAUUGUGUCAGCAGACUGCAGACUUUAAACAACGAGCUGCAGAACCGGCUGUCACUAUUGGAGAAGUCAAAGCAUGAUGCUUAUGGCAAGGAAGACAAAGAUGUGGCCAGCAGCAGCCCCUGGAAACAGCAUCUCGAGAAGACGCGGGAGAUGCAGCCUGUGGCUCACAGUAAGAGGACACAUCGCUAUGGUCAGGAUAAAGAGAGUCAAACAGACAUCAAAAUAGGACAGAUGGUGUCUGGAAAGCUGUUGGUUGAUAGGAGUUUGGACAGUGCCCUUGGCCAGAGUAGAGAGCAUCCUCAGUCUGGCAACAACACCUUGGACUCUGGAGAAAAAGAUUCUAAGGGGAAGAACACACAUGUAAUGGCACUUAAACUCCUGCUGACUGAAUGUGGGGCCACAUCAGUUUCGCAUCUUAGGGAGGAGCUGCUCGGACUUAGAUCCGAAAAUGUGGAGCUGCGGGGUCUCCUGAAAGAACAAAAAUCUACCGAGUGUAAAGAGAAGGAGAGCACAGACGCCUCAGGGAACAGCAGUGAUGGACAGCUUGAACUGAGAAAGAGUGUGGAAACUCUGCAGCUCGAGUCAAGAGGUCACUCUAAGGUUGUCAAUAUGUUGAAAGAGGUGACAGUUGGGGAAACCCCUCUCACCACUGAGCUAAUUGUCCACACCACAGAGGGGAUGGAGAGUCCACAAACUGCAGACGAGUCACACGGCAAAAGUGCAAAGCAGCACGUUGCAAGGCAUGGGGCAGGUGUCAAAUCUCGCCUCCCGGUCCCUGUGAAGCUCAGAGUAGGGGCUAGCAUCAGCACGCAGCUUGUGAGCUCUGACCACCUGAAAACUGAUGCACUUCAACACCAUCACAUGGAUGAUGUAUAUGGGUCUGACCAGCAACUGCAUGCAGACUCCAGCUCCCCCGUGUCACCGCAACACAGCACUUCCCCUUCUUCCACACUCAGAUAUGCACAUCGUAGCAGCAGUCCGGUAGGGUCGGACAAGAGCUCUGAAGCCAGAAUGACACUGGAUUACCCACAGAUUGACUCUUCUCUUUUCACUCAGCUGGAGCUUCUCCACCAGGAGUGUCAGGAGAAAGAGGCCCUGAUCCACAAGCUAAACGAGCAGCUAGCUGACUGGGAAGAGCUCCACGCUCAGCUCCAGGAAAAGUCCAGGCUCAAUCGCCAGUACGUGGAGGCCUUACAGGCUGCAGAAUCCACAAUCGCUUAUCUGACUGCCUGCAGUCUGGACAACCAAGGAGGAUUAGGGACGCAUGCCAGUUCGUGUACAGGUUCUGGCUCUGUGGGUUCAGAUGCUGCCCUCCACGGCAGAUGCGUUGAGCUGCAAAAAGCACUACAGGAGAAGGAGGAUCUCAACAACCAGCUUAUAGAGCUUCUGAACAUGGCAGGGACCAUCGCCUCCCUUGACAGCCAAGAAAAGAAUCCAGAAAACAGUGAUUUAUGUUUGAAGAUAGAGGCAGCCUUGCAGCAGGUGAACGCAUCUUCAAAUAGACAGAGUCCCAGAGGGGUUUUUGGAAGCGCAGAGGACUCUAUGCAGGAGUUGCAACAACACGCAGACUCUUUGCAGGAGGCACUGUGGGAGCAGAAUAGGCUUAAUGCAGAACUGCAGGAAAAACUUAGAGAUGCAGCUGCUCAACAUGGGAACAACAGUAGCACUGCUGACCAGAGUGGUAAAUGUCCAAAGCAGAUAGCUGCAGAAUCAGUUAAGGAAAAUGAGUCAAAGGCAAACCAAUGGGAAAUAGGAAGUUCUAAUAAUGAGGAGCUGACCAGAGUUCUAACGGACUGCCUUAGUGCAGCAGAGUCUGCCGUUGCCUCUCUGGCAGCACACUGUACAAAUACCAGCUCCUUGGCUUCUAGUAGAUCAUCACAGACCAGCCCUGACCUGCAGAUGAACUUGGACAAACUUCAGAGAGCCCUGCAAGAGAGGAAGGAACUGGGAGAACCCACCCAGUCAACCACUAAAUCCAGCGGCAGUCAGUCCGCUGCUUCAUCUGGAACAAAGGGACCGCUUCACCAAGAGCUCCAUGACAACCUCUGCUGCCUCUACAAGGUCUUCAGUGAUCACUCACAGAGGAUCUCCGAACUCCAGGCCUCCCUAGAGGAGGGUCCAGAGAGAGGGAGCGAGGUCCACAGAACAGUGCAGGAUGCCAGGGGAUUACCACCGACUGUUCAGCUCCAGCUGGAGACUCUCCAUAAGGCACUAAGAGAGAAGAAGAAAGCUUGUAAAAGCCUGGAGGAGAAACUGGCCACUGCUCUUACCUACACACCGUCUCCUGAAACUGCACAGAAAGCUCUGGAGCAGGAUGACAAAGGCGUGCAGGUGGAUUUGCAGGACCUGGGUUACGAAACCAGUGGCAAGAGUGAGAACGAUAGGGAAGAGAGCAGUAGCACAGAUCUAGAGGUUGGUGGGAACCCUAGUUGCAGUGCCUCUAGCCUGCCUUCCCUGCUCAAACACGAGCAGGCCACCUUCUCCUCUACUGAAAACCUGGACUCAACCUCCAGCACCCCGUACCCUAGUUCCCCGGCUCUCAGCUCAGCCAAGGUCAGUCUAAAAAGCCUGCAGGUCUAUGACGAGUAUGGUGUUUCUGAGGACCCUCUCCAGCUUCAGGGACAAGUCAGAGAGCUGAAGGUCCAGCUGGAAAACCAGACCAAACUCAUCCUCCAGAUGCAGAGUCUUCUGCGUAGGAACUCUCUCUCCAGUGACCUAGCUGACACCUCUGACCCCUCAGCCAUCAGGGAUCAAGAGGGGACACAGAGAGAGGACCGAAACCACGACAGGAGCUACAGAAAUGGGCAGCUAAGGGAGAAAAAGGAGGGGGAGAACCAGGUGAUGAAGGAUAAAACCAGCCACCUGAAUAUGGACCUGGAAAGAGAGAGGACACUGAACAGAAGCAUGAGCGACCAGCUGCAGCAGACCCGUAGCCGCUCUACAUCACCUGCUAGACUGGACUCCCUGGUGCAGUCGCAGGCCAGGGAGCUGUCACAACUGAGGCAGCAGAUCAAGGAGAGCCGUAGGCUGGGAGCCCAGCAGCGCCGGCAGCUGGAGGAGCUGAGCAAGGCCUUCAAGGAGCUGCUGCAGGCCGGCGAAGUCGACUACUACAUGGGGGAGGUGGUCAAAGAGCAGCUGGACAAGAGCCUGGGCAUUCUGGACAGGCUGGAGGGACGGCUGGACAAAGGAGAGUCUCAUCUGGAUAACGAGGAUGUGGCGGCACUGGAACUGUCUCGCAGGUUGGCAAAAGAGCUGCGAGAGAAGAACUCUCUGAUCCAGAGUCUGCAGAGCCAGUUAAGAGGCCAAAGUUCCAGCAGCCACCACAGCUCUCACUCUGAUCUGUACCACUCAGACAGGCCCUCCUCCUCCUGCUACAGCAGCCCGGCCACACAAGGUGGCAAUCGAGCCCAGAGCCAGCAGAACCCCACUGAUUGGACGGGAGCAGCUGUUCCUCCUGUAGGAGGAGCUCAGGAGGAAGGUGUGUCCAGUCACAGCAGACUGCAGGGCCUGCAGAGGGAGAACGGGCGACUGCAAGAGCAGCUGAGGGACAGCGAGGAGCUCAACGCCACCCUCCGCAGUGAACUGGACCUGCAUCGUUCAAUUAUGGCCCAGACCAGCUCCCACCAUCAGGAACAGGAUCACAGCCACGACCGGGACGGCUCAGGGCCUCAGACGGAUGCACAUAAAGGAGACGGAGACAUUGGCUCACAGAAGAAUGCUGCAGAACAGCCUCACACGAUGAAUCCAGACUUUCUGGCAGAACAUCUACUGGAGAUCCGAGCUCUGCGGCAGCGCCUGGAGGAGAGCAUCCGCACCAACGACCGUCUCAGGGAACAGCUGGAGAAGAAACUAGCCGAGGUGGAGAAAGACCCAGCAGCCACCAACAUCUUCAUCCACGGCAACGAGGAGCAGGGUCAGCUAGCCAAUGAGGUGCGAUUCCUCUGGGGACAAAACCAAACCCUGAAGGAACAGCUCAACAUGGGGUCUAGAGACAAGCAGAAGGAGAAUGAGAAGCUACGAGAGACUCUGGCAAGGCGGACAGCCAAACUGGAGCAGAGCAGGAACGAGUGUGAUGCUCUGAGGCAAGAAAACACCCGACUUGCGGAGAGGCUGGAGCAGAGCAGCCAAGAAAACUCGCAGCUGCAGGAUUCACUGCACUACAGCAAGGAGGAGCUGCACAGGUUGCAGUGCGAGGUGAAGCUCCAGAGACAGCAGCUGUCUGACUCCCAACAUCUUCUGCAGUCACUGCGGGUGGAGCUGCACGUUUACGAAAAGAUCAAGGCCGAAACUCAGAAACAAAAAGAAUCGAGUGAGGCGACCCAGGAGCCCGUCUCAGUCCCUCCCUCCGGUUCACUGGACCUGAGUGAGCUGCUGCUGGAGAUCAGACACCUGAGGCUUCAGCUGGAGAGGAGCAUCCAGACCAACACGGCACUGCGACAGAGACUGGAGGAGCAGCUGCUUAGAGGACCCAACCGCUCUGAAACCAUCAAUAUCAACUACCUGCUGUCCUCUCCAGAUGAAGGAGGCAGGUCACCAGGUCGUGAAGGCUGCGAUCCUCUCCGUCACUCAUUUCAGAGUCACAAUGAACACACCAGGAUCGUCCAUGAUGAGAAACGUCGCACUCAUUCAGAGGUGGACGGCGGGUCAUUCAGCAGCAGUUCUGGCGACAGUGUCUCUGGCGCUCCCUCCCGCCUGGUGCCGGGGCACCGGAUGUGGGCCAAUCGCAACGGCCGCCAUAUUUUGGGUCUGAUUGAGGACUACAACGCCCUCCGCAAACAGAUCUCAGAGGGCCGUAAGCUGUCGCGCAGCAUGGACACACAACUGCAGGAGUGGCUGCACACACUCAGACAGCAGGGCUCUGACAACAAGGUGAUCGAACAGCACCAUCUGAAGAGUCUGUCCGGCAGCAUGAACACCAUGCAGCAAGUGUUAGAGGAGGCUGGCCGAAUGCUCAAACUGGUGUGGAGAGUCUCUUUGCCAGCUGGUAACACAGCAGGGGACAGCGGCAGCAACCAGCAGGAUGACCUGCUGAAAAAUGAGAUAGCCAGACUGAAAAGCAGGCUGUCACAGCAGGAGAGGAUGCUGAGUGGAGCCGUUAAACGCCUCCGAACAACCAACCAGCUCAAAGAGGGAAUGGAAAGAGUCAUCAUCGAUCAGUUGUGUGUAACCCAUGGAGUGUUGAAGAAAGCCAGAGGGAAUUUAGAGACAAAUUACUGUACCCUCUUUGGUCUGAAAGGCCUGUCUGGAGGACCAGACGAAGGAGGUCCCAGUCAAUGGCCAGUAGGGGACACUACAGACCCUCAGGAGAUAUUUGUCCCUGGACGACUGCAGGCAGACACUCUGGAGCCUCAGAGGAUCACAAUAGUGACGCCUCUUUACACUGCAGCUACUAACUCUUCCGGUACAAUGGCGUAAACUGCUUUUGAUAAUGUAGCUACCUAAUUAAUUCUGCUGUAAAACUGUCACCUUACUCUCCAGAUAUCAGUCAUUUUAUACUAUAAUUGCACAUGACCAGCCUAUAAUUUGAUUUAUGUUAGGUACUUAAGUUGUAAAAAAUUCUUAAAUCGUCUUUGUAAAUAGUAAUUCAUUUUAAUAUUUCCUUUUAUAUGAUGCAUAUAAGAACGUGAAAAUGUAUUUUAUUACAGAGUUAUUGUUUAUAACGUUUGUUUUCAUCGGCCAGUUUAUGGUUCAGGGCUACUGUGUGUUCAAGGAAUUAUGUACAAAUGCAGUAAAGACAACUUAUGAUGACAC